UUUCUUUUCAUAUGUUUGGCAUCGGUAUCUAUACCAUGCAUCAAGCUGGUGUCUACUUCUUACUCUAGUUUUUGACUACUCGGCGACGAUUGCUAUUUCGAAGUGUAGUCUCAAGCUGUUGCUUGCUUCAUUUUCCUACUUGCCACGUCGAUUUUGUUUGUCGUGCUCGAAGAAUGGCGGUCUCGUCAGGGGCCGACGUGAACGGGGACGAGGUGCAGCAGCUGAACACCGCCAGCCUGGACGAAGGUGCCGUGCCGUCCAAAGACCCUCCUGGCAAUAAGAAGCGAGAAUGGGUAUUAACAACUUGUGAUGGGCAUGAUCGGCAAAACAAGAAAUCAAAAUACAAAAUCCUGCAGUGAAGACGUCGCCAAAGAAGAAUCUUCAAGGCUUCUAUCGGACGUAGUUUGUUGUAGUGAAAGAAACAUGAUGAAUGUUGUUCGAAAAUAAGUCUUCAACCACAUCAAAGAAACUCAAAAGUGAAGUUACUUCCUCAAUGCGGUUUCUAGGUCGCUCAGUUGCACCAGUCGGAGAGCGAGAUCCAGAAGGCGCAGCUGGAGAGCCACCGCAGUCUGAUGCAGACCAAAGCCAUGGCCUGGGAACACGUUUGCGACAUCAGAAAGCAGACUGAAGAACAGGACGCAAACCGCGUCAAAUGGCAACUCUCCGUGUACGAUGGCAUGCGCAGGUUGCGACAGAAAAUCCUCACGCUUUCGGACCAAACCGGCGUCAGCGCUCUAGAACAGAACGGCGGCACAGCGGGGGCUGCGGUUAGCAGUGGUUCCUCGAGACCCCCCGCGAAACUGUUGUCAGGUGCGAAACUGGCGAAGACUGUGCAAUCGCUGGAACACGAGCUCACCGUCUUCAAGGAGCGCCAGCGCCAGGACUACGAUGAGUUGACCCUCGUCGAGGCGACGACGUUUGAAACUCUGAAAGCGAUGGAGGAACGCUUCACCGCCUGGCAGGAGCAAACGGCGAAGGAGCCGCUGGUCAGACCAAAAUCCGCGCCCCCAAAGUCGACGUUGCUCCAAAAGGGCGGCAGCCGCCCGGCAAAGGAUCCGAAGCAAGAGGAGCAGGAGAUGAAAAACCCUUCGGUAAAACGAACCUACACCCUGAACACCGCAAACGCAGACCGGCAGGUGUCCGAGCUGCGCGACGCGCUGGACUCGUUGACCGCGGAAAUUGAGCACGACGGCGGCGCGACCGGUGGGUGGCUAAAGGACGACCACGAGGCGUUCAUGCGCAUGUACGCGAAGUGCAAGUCCAUGGAGAGCCCGACCUUUUACGAGCAGGUGGCGCAACUGGUCCACUGCACGCACGAAGACAUCGCGGAACAUGUCGUGUGGUACAAAGAGUGGUGCAGGAAGACGGAACUGAAAAAGGACCUGCUGGCGAAGUGGAAAGAUCGAAGACGACAGGCGCUUGAAGUACAAUUGCGAUCACAUAGAUCAAGAUCUGUCAAAUGCAAAACGGCGAGCGACCAGCCAAGUGGCUUUUUUUUUCUUGAAGUGGUCGUGGUGGAUAGUUGUUUGCGCAUAGAUAUGACUAGGAGUGCAAAUUCAGAAGAGCAAGAAACACUCUAAAAAUGUACACAGGAAGCCCACCACCGCCUGGACGAGAACCGACAGGAGGAUCUGCAAAUUGAGGCGGAAGAGCGCAAACGUCGCGAGGAGCAGAAAAAGCAGGACGACGCAUUUACGAAGCAGCGCAUCGGCGCCUGGAAAGAGGAGCGGGCGGCAAAACUUGCGCAGAAACAACGCGAAGUCGAAGACAAACUUGCCGAACAGAAACUGAAGGACGCAAAGCGAAUGGAGGAGCAUUUACGACGGCGCGAAGCCAUUGUCGCGUAUUCGCAGAAAAAGCGGGAGCUGCAGGCCCGCACCAAAGCAGCUUCGGGGGAAAAGAAAGGGGGCGAGGUACUGGAUUAUCACUCAGAUUUGUGGUGUGUGACGGUAUGAGCAUCAUAAGCAUAUCAGUGUGAGAAACGCCUUGUUUGGAACUUGUUUAUAUAUUUCAUGGCAGCAGAUCGUCUACUUACAUUGCAAUAUAUCGUUAUCGAUAACGAUAUUACAAUCGCUGAAAUUUUCCCAGGUCAUAUUAACCCGCGAGCAACGCGAACACCUCCGCGAGCGCAGCUUAGCGUACGAAAGAAAACGCGCCCAGCUGCUCGAGGAAUGCCGCGAGAAGGAGCGGCAGCUUUCGAAGGGCGAAGAAGCCCCGCCUCCGAGCAAGUCUGGCAGCACCUACACACACAUCUCGUCCAGGCUCCACGACCAAACAGAGGCACAAAUUCAAAAACUCAAAGCACGCGAAAAGGACUUGAAGGAGGCAUCGGUGGCGGGGAGCGAGGGACAAAAGUACUUUCUUACUAUCUGUAGCCGGCAUUUGCAACUCUAUGCGCAUUAAUUUUCCGCGUUCUUUUUUUCUCGAGAAGCAGAACUGAACAGGCCUCCACACGUCCAGGCAAAAAUGCACACUUAAAACACUUAGGUAUGGAGUUGUCCCGGGGAACUUUGCUGGGCAGAUCGGGGUGCAAUCCCGUGUGCAGGGUGUCCCGCAGUGGAGGCAGAAGAUAUACGGAUGAGGACCGUUCUGACGAGCAUCCACAGUGUGCUUCCAAAAAGAAAAACAAAAAGCCUGCAUGUACUACAAAAGAUGACAAUUACAGAAACGCCACCUUGUCAGGCAAACGGCGCAAGUCGUGAUCGAGCAGCGAUCAUUCGUGAGAAGGGACGCAGGGUUGUGAUCCGUACCCACCGCAGUCUUCUUCACUCGUCUUGUCGCUUCCAUUGAUAUCAUGAGGAAGUUUGUUCGAGCCCUUGCAAUUGUAUCAUUUCAGAGAGAGUCUUGAACUUGAUGAGCGU